AUGGGCGCCUAUCUCUAUGGGCGCAUAUCUCUAUGGGCGCCUAUCUCUACGGGCGCCUAUCUCUAUGGGCGCCUAUCUCUAGGGGCGCCUAUCUCUAGUGGCGCCUAUCUCUAUGGGCGCCUAUCUCUAGGGGCGCCUAUCUCAAUGGGCGCCUAUCUCUAUGGGCGCCUAUCUCUAUGGGCGCCUAUCUCUAUGGGGGCGCCUAUCUCUAUGGGCGCCUAUCUCUAUGGGCGCCUAUCUCUAUGGGCGCCUAUCUCUAGGGGCGCCUAUCUCUAUGGGCGCCUAUCUUUAGCGGCUCCUAUCUCUAUAGGGGCGCCAAUCUCUAGAGGCGCCUAUCUCUUUGGGCGCCAAUCUCUAUGGGCGCCUAUCUCUAUCGGCGCCUAUCUCUAUAGGCGCCUAUCUCUAGGGGCGCUUAUCUCUAUGUGCGCCUAUCUCUAUGGGCGCCUCUCUUUAGGGGCGCCAAUCUCUAGAGGCGCCUAUCUCUUUGGGCGCCAAUCUCUAUGUGCGCCUAUCUCUAGUGGCGCCUAUCUCUAUGGGCACCUAUCUCUAGGGGCGCCUAUCUCUAUGGGCGCCUAUCUCUAUGGGCGCCUAUCUCUAUGGGCGCCUAUCUCUAUGGGUGCCUAUCUCUUUGGGCGCCUAUCUCUAUGGGCGCCUAUCUCUAGGGGCGCCUAUCUCUAUGGGCGCCUAUCUCUAUGGGCGCCUAUCUCUAUGGGCGCCUAUCUCUAUGGGUGCCUAUCUCUUUGGGCGCCUAUCUCUAUGGGCGCCUAUCUCUAG